AACAACCACAGCAAUGUUGAUAAUCGAGAACAAUAACACAUUACCGUUUAACACUGUGACUUACCACAGCCACUAUUUCCCUUCUCUCUCUCUCACACACACACCAUAUUCACACCCCUCCACCUCUUCACGUUAAAACCCUUCAGUUAGUCUGAGGUCUCUGGUCUAUUGAUGGGAAUCAGUGUCUUCAGGCCUGUGUCCCAAAUGACACCAUGUUCCCUAGAUACAGGAGUGCACUACUUUUGACCAGGGCUCAAUGUCAUUUGGGAAAUGCCCCUGGUGUGAGUGGAAUUUCCUGUUUGAAUACGUUUUUACCUCAUCUGCCCCACUCCUCCCCUCUGUGUGUGCGCUCGUUCUCACUCUCUUUCCUACCUGGUUCACUUUCUCACUGUCUGUCUGGAGUAGCAGCUCUAUUCUUUAGCUCCACACAGUCGUCUCCUCCAGGACUCCAGUCCACAGUACCUCGUCUCCUCCAGGACUCCAGUCCACAGUACCUCGUCUCCUCCAGGGCUCCAGUCCACAGUACCUCGUCUCCUCCAGGACUCCAGUCCACAGUACCUCGUCUCCUCAAGGACUCCAAAAAGACAGUAUGGAGAAGAGCCAGUAUGGACCCCCGCAGGACGUGUCGGCUGCCCCCUACCCCGGCUUCCCAGCGGGCUACCAGGGAAGUGGGGGGGGAACAGCCUACCCCCCUCAGCCUGGCUUCCAGGGAGGUCCCCAACCCGGCAUGUACCCACCACCUCCCCAACCCGGCAUGUACCCACCACCUCCCCAACCCGGCACGGGCAUGGCACAACCUACAAAUGCCCCCGGCAUAACCCAGGUGGUGGUGAUACAGCAGCCGCUGCUAAGAGACGUACCCGGCCAGAUGACGUGUCCCCACUGUCAGGUCCCGGUUCUGACAGAGACCACACACACCCCUGGACUGGCCACCUGGCUCAUCUUUGGAGUCCUCUGCUGUUUCAUGUGCUGGCCAUGCGCUUGGAUUCCAUUCUGUGUUGACUCCUGUAAGGAUGUAGAACACCGCUGCCCCAACUGCAAGAGAGUGAUCCACAUCCACAAACGCGAAUAGACCAAGAUGAGACACAUGCCACAAAGUGAUCCACAUACACAAACACAUGUGACUAGACCAAGAUGAGAAACCUGCCACAAAUUGAUCCACAACUAUCCCCAGCCCACAGACACUGCUGCCACAAAGUGAUCUAUACUUUUAUGAAUCCAUUCCAAUACACCACAAGUCUACACUUGUCUCACCCCCACCCCCUUAAAAGAUUUAGAUGCACUAUUGUAAAGUGGCUGUUCCACUGGAUGUCAUAAGGUGAAUGCACCAAUUUGUAAGUCGCUCUGGAUAAGAGCGUCUGCUAAAUGACUUAAAUGUAAAUGUACACCACUACACAACUAGUCUACAACUCUACACCACUAGGUCAAGAACGUUUUUAGUACCUGAGUAAUGGUGAGUCAUAUUUCCAACCAUAACACACACGCUUGUGAACAAUAGUCUGACUGUGGCUGAAAUGACUACUGGAAGACCAGCGUAACAUUGACUAGUGUCCGUGUGUAACAAGCUAAGGCCACUUCUAGCAGACUCUUUACACUGAUUGUAAUAUAUGUUUUCUUUCAUUCUGUGAAUCUUCAUGUUAGACAGAAAGUAGGAUUCUAUUUGUAUUGAAGUUGAUAUUGAUUGGUUGUUGGGUUUUUUAAAGGGACAGUCCACAGUUGAAACAAUAAAAAAGCUGAACCCUG